GGCCCAGACACAGGGGGACAUCUGCUCGGGCUGACGCACAACGUGUCCCAACUACGUAUUUUUUUGUUUUGUUGUUGUUGCCUGUUUGGGAUUCCUUCUUGGAUGGCCUGUAACAAAGAUUGUAUCUGUACUGGGUUGAAUCUAUCAAAUAAACAAGAACAACGUGGGGCUAAGUGAGAAAACAGCGUAUAAAUACGCAUGUAUAUAUUUUUUACGGCUCAUACUAGUGCACCCACUUCGCAAACACACCACUGCAGCAAGCAGGCGAAACUCAGGUGGUGGGGCAAUGUUUACACUGACAUCCUCCUGACCAGUCCAACAGUUACCCAGGCCCCCCUCCCAUUCCCCACCUCUACCCCUUUCCACCCUUCACUAUGAAUGAGGCCAGCGUAGUCAGGGAAGGAUGGCUCCACAAGAGAGGUGAGUACAUCAAGACGUGGAGGCCGCGCUACUUCAUCCUGAAGAGUGACGGCUCCUUCAUCGGCUACAAAGAGAAGCCUGAGCUGUCCGACCAGAGCCUGCCCCCUCUCAACAACUUCUCAGUGGGAGAAUGCCAGCUGAUGAAAACAGAGCGGCCCAAGCCCAACACGUUCGUUAUCCGCUGCCUGCAGUGGACCACUGUCAUCGAGAGGACCUUCCACGUAGAAAGCAAUGCAGAGAGAGAGGGGUGGAUGCGUGCCAUCCAGGCGGUGGCCAAUGGGUUGAAGGUACGAGAGGAGGAGGAGCCCAUGGACCUGUUUGGUUCUCCCAGCGACAGCAGCAGCAUUGAGGAGAUGGAGGUGGCCAUGUCCAAGACCAACUCUAAAGUGACGAUGAGUGACUUUGACUACCUGAAGCUGCUGGGGAAGGGCACGUUUGGCAAGGUGAUCCUGGUCAAGGAGAAAGCCACGGGGAUGCACUACGCCAUGAAGAUCCUGCGGAAGGAGGUCAUCAUCGCUAAGGACGAGGUAGCGCACACGGUUACGGAGAGCAGAGUGUUACAGAACACCCGGCAUCCCUUCCUCACGACACUGAAAUACGCUUUCCAGACUCAUGACCGAUUAUGUUUUGUGAUGGAAUACGCCAACGGAGGAGAGCUCUUCUUCCACCUGUCUCGGGAUCGUGUGUUCACAGAAGACCGGGCCCGUUUCUAUGGCGCUGAGAUCGUAUCUGCGUUGGAGUACCUCCACUCUCGUGACGUGGUAUACAGGGACCUGAAGCUGGAGAAUCUAAUGCUGGACAAUGACGGACAUGUUAAAAUCACAGACUUUGGGCUGUGUAAGGAGGGCAUCACGGACGGUGCCACCAUGAAGACCUUCUGCGGCACCCCAGAGUACCUGGCGCCGGAGGUGCUGGAGGACAAUGACUACGGCCGGGCGGUGGACUGGUGGGGUCUGGGCGUGGUCAUGUACGAGAUGAUGUGCGGUCGGCUACCCUUCUACAACCAAGACCACGAGCGGCUUUUUGAGCUCAUCCUCAUGGAGGAGAUCCGAUUCCCCAAGAACCUGGCCCCAGAGGGCAGGGCCCUGCUCAGCGGCCUGCUCAAAAAGGAUCCCAAGCAAAGGUUAGGGGGAGGACCAGAUGAUGCCAAAGAAGUGAUGUCCCACAAGUUCUUCACCUCCAUCAACUGGCAGGACGUGGUAGAUAGAAAGCUGACUCCGCCCUUCAAGCCUCAGGUGACAUCAGAGACCGAUACACGUUACUUCGACGACGAGUUCACGGCACAGACCAUCACCGUCACGCCUCCAGACAAGUAUACCAACCUGGACUGUGGCAUCCCCAACCAGCCAGCACACUUCCCCCAGUUCUCUUACUCUGCCAGCAUACGAGAGUGACCCUGUCUUUACCAUACACACUGAAGAUAUGCAUAGAGCAUCAGUUCACACUCUCAUCCACACACACACACACACACACUUUCUUGUAAAAAAAAAGACUGCAAGCUUGAGACUCCACACAGGCCAAUGGAUCUCUGGUCACAGCGGGGAUUUAAGUGCCUAGUCUUGCAGCCAUCUUGUCUGCUCAAACCCCGCCUACACUACAGUCACGCACAACAGCAGCCUGUGAACUGCACAGGACCUCAGUCAAUACCUCACGUCGUCAACAUCAGCAGCAGUAGCAUAUCAUCCAGGACACUACUGCUCCUCACUGGAAGGUCUAGUACAGGGCUGCCCAUCCCUCUUCCUGGAGAUCUACCGUCCUGUGGGUUUUCAGUUCAACCCUCUUCCUGGAGAUCUACCGUCCUGUGGGUUUUCAGUCCAACCCUCUUCCUGGAGAUCUACCGUCCUGUGGGUUUUCAGUUC